UUGAUCAAUAGCCACCGUGUAAACAAAACUGAAAUUUGACAACUUCAUUAAUGCUUAACAACGACUUGACUUCUGUCAUGAUCUUAUUUACAGCGCACUAUGGAGGAAAGGCAUUAUCCAAAUAGAUUAGAGGAUUAUCGUGGACAGUCCUUACUCGGAGAUGACGGAAAAUUUUUGGAGAGGCUUCGAAAGCCUAUACAGCAAGGCAUUGAUCAUCUGUUGGAACGGCUCUAUUCCGGAUUGGAAACACAGACUGAUGAUGACCACUCUGUCUAUACUGGAAUGGGAGGCAUAGCACUGCUUCAUCUACGACUAUUCAGUGCCAUGAAGCAAGACAGGGGACAGCUUGAGUGUGCGUUGGACUGUUUAAAACCUGCACUUCGGCGCCUCAAGGGUCGUAGAAUCUCCUUCCUGUGCGGUGAUGCAGGUCCUUUAGCCCUGGGAGCAGUGGUUCAUGAAAAGCUGGGAAAUGCUGCUGCGUCUGUGGACUGCAUAAAAAGGCUGGAGAAGAUGUGCGAUGCAGUGUGUGAGGACCCAUCACUUCCAGAUGAGAUGCUGUAUGGGCGUGUAGGGUACAUGUUUGCUCUCUUGUUUGUGGCGGCAAACCUGGGGCAGGAUAGAAUACACCAAGAUAUUGUACUAAAGGUGUACAAGUGUGUGAUAGACUCUGGGAUCCACAUGUCCCAGCAGCAGGGCUGGAGGCACCCGUUGAUGUACGCCUGGCAUGACAAACACUACCUGGGAGCCGCACACGGACUGGCUGGCAUUUACUACAUGCUCAUGCAGGUGAGCAAUGAAUCUGUUAAAAAGUACGUAGAAGAGCUGGUUAGACCAUCUUUGGAAUGGAUGCUGACUCUUCAGUUUCCAUCAGGCAAUUGCCCCUCAUCCAUCGGCUCAUCGACCGGGGAUAAACUUGUACAUUGGUGUCACGGAGCCCCUGGUUGGAUCCACACGUUUAUAUUGGCACAUAAGAAAUUUGGAGAGGAUCGCUACCUCCAGGCGGCCAUACGUUGUGCGGACAUGAUCUGGGAGCGGGGACUGCUGAUGAAGGGGCACGGGAUCUGUCACGGGACCGCGGGCAACGGGUACGCCUUCCUGGCCAUGUAUCAGAUGACAGGUGAUCAAAAAUAUCUGCAUCGGGCCUACCAGUUUGGGCUGUUUUGCAUCCAACACAAACCCUCAAGACUACCUGAUGCGCCAUUCUCCUUGUUUGAAGGGCUGGCUGGGACUAUAUACUUUCUCACAGAGCUUCUGGAGCCUUCAGAUGCCAAGUUUCCUGCCUUCACCUUGCCCUGAUGCCCUGAUAAAGCAUCAUGUAUCUGUUGACUGAGGAACAUUGAUAAAUUUAUGCCAUAUUUAACAAACAUCAUGUGUUAUUGACUGACAGAAUUUGGAAAAGUGAAGCUGUAUUAAACAAACAUCAUGUGUUUGUUGGCUGACAGACGUUGGCAAAGCUAUGUUUUCUUUAACAAACAUCAUGUGUCUGUUUAAUGACAAACGUUUGCAUAGCCAUUUCACCUUUAACAAACAUCAUGUGUUUGUUGACUGAAAAAAAUUGGCAUAGCCAUGUCAUCUUUAAUUAAAAACAAAGUGUCUGUUGACUGAAAAACAUACGAUUAGCCAUGUCAUCUUUGCCAAACAUCAUGUGUCUGUUGACUUAAAAACAAUGGCAUAGCCAUGUCAUCUUAACAAACAUCAUGUGUCUGUUGACUGAAAACAAAUUGGCAUAGCCAUGUCAUCUUUACCAAACAUCACAUGUUUGUUGACUGAAAAACAUUGACAAAGCCAUGCCAUCUUUAACAAACAUCAUGUGUCUGUUGACUUAAAAACAUUGGCAAAGCCAUGUCAACUUUAACAUACAUAUGUGUCUGUUGACUGAAUACAUGGUCAAAGUUACACCAUAAUGAACAAAGAGCACAUGUCUGUUGACUGAAUACAUGGUCACAGUAACACCAUAAUGAACAAAGAGCACGUGUCUGUUGACUGAAUACAUGGUCACAGUAACACCAUAAUGAACAAAGAGCACGUGUCUGUUGACUGAAUACAUGGUCACAGUAACACCAUAAUGAACAAAGAGCACGUGUCUGUUGACUGAAUACAUGGUCACAGUAACACCAUAAUGAACAAAGAGCACGUGUCUGUUGACUGAAUACAUGGUCACAGUAACACCAUAAUGAACAAAGAGCACGUGUCUGUUGACUGAAUACAUGGUCACAGUAACACCAUAAUGAACAAAGAGCACGUGUCUGUUGACUGAAUACAUGGUCACAGUAACACCAUAAUGAACAAAGAGCACGUGUCUGUUGACUGAAUACAUGGUCACAGUAACACCAUAAUGAACAAAGAGCACGUGUCUGUUGACUGAAUACAUGGUCACAGUAACACCAUAAUGAACAAAGAGCACGUGUCUGUUGACUGAAUACAUGGUCACAGUAACACCAUAAUGAACAAAGAGCACGUGUCUGUUGACUGAAUACAUGGUCACAGUAACACCAUAAUGAACAAAGAGCACGUGUCUGUUGACUGAAUACAUGGUCACAGUAACACCAUAAUGAACAAAGAGCACGUGUCUGUUGACUGAAUACAUGGUCACAGUAACACCAUAAUGAACAAAGAGCACGUGUCUGUUGACUGAAUACAUGGUCACAGUAACACCAUAAUGAACAAAGAGCACGUGUCUGUUGACUGAAUACAUGGUCACAGUAACACCAUAAUGAACAAAGAGCAUGUGUCUGUUGACUGAAUACAUGGUCACAGUAACACCAUAAUGAACAAAGAGCACGUGUCUGUUGACUGAAUACAUGGUCACAGUAACACCAUAAUGAACAAAGAGCAUGUGUCUGUUGACUGAAUACAUGGUCACAGUAACACCAUAAUGAACAAAGAGCACGUGUCUGUUGACUGAAUACAUGGUCACAGUAACACCAUAAGGAACAAAGAGCACGUGUCUGUUGACUGAAUACAUGGUCACAGUAACACCAUGAACAAAGAGCAUGUGUCUGUUGCCUGUCAGAUAUUGCCCCUGUUAUGCCAUAUCUAAUUGUGUGCCAUUUGUCUGACAUUUUUGCACCAGAUCUGGAGGAUGUUUUCAAUGGCCAUCAUAUUAAUUUGUAUGCUGGCUUCUUGGCACGAAAGAAAGGUGCCUAUUAAAUUUGAUGCCAACAGGUCAAAGAUUAAGGUCACCCUACGGAUGGGAGUUGAACAAAAUAUUGACAUCUAAAAAAGAUAAAAAUUAAAUUUGUUUGGAAACCUUCCAUAAAGAAUUUUUAUCUCCCAUUAGGGAAAAAUAUAUACUUUUUCCAUUGGAAAUGGGGCCAAUUAAAGAACCGGAUUAUGAAUGAAAAAACAAUAACACCGUUAUAUGAAGGUCAUUCAAAUGCUAUAUCUGACUAUUGGUCAACUAGGUGUUAAAAACAAAAGCUUUUGGCAACUUAAUUUACAAUGUUUGAAAAACUUGCACUGUUACCGCAUUUCCAACGUCCUGUUUCAUCACAGAGUCUCUCAAAUCAAUUAAGCAUUUUCAGUUUUUACACUGCAUGGACUUCCCUUUCAUUGCUUCCUCUGAGUCGUCAUCUAUCACUGCUGGAAGGGCCAAAUAAGCGCUCUUAUACUCUCUUUAUACUUUGUAAGUGCCUCUAUCUGCUUAGCCCAAAUGUAUGCACUGUUUUCCUCAUCCUCGUCCAGCACAUCUAGAUUUAGGGCAUCUUCAUUUGCUUCCAAGUCCUUUUCAAUGUCUUUCAUCACACUUGACUUACUCGUAAUAGACCAUAUUGUUUCAACAUUAGCAAAACUUUUUUUACGCUUUGUUUGGCCUGACUGACUCGUAAUUGACAAAGUUGUAUCAACAUUUAGCAAACCUCCCUUUACCCUUUGUUUCACCUUUGUCCAUCUUCAAAUGAGCCGAUGCAGCCAAACAUGCUGCAUUCCUACUCAGAGCUACACUUUCCUCACAACGAUCUACAGUCACAAACUGAUGUCACCCUGGCUUUUAACAUGAAAUUCAUUUCCACAACAUAUCAAGAUACCACUAUACCUGUGACCAUCUAAAUGACUAUUCUGGUUACUUUGGGAGGAAAGGAAUACACCUGUCAAUUCUGAGAUCAACAAGUCAAAGGUCACAGUUACAGGAGCUUUAACUUGAAAUUUGUUUCCGGAUUAUCUAUAUAGAAAACUUUGACUUAUGAUGAUUCAAAUUGGCGUGCUUGAUACUUGGAAGGAAAGCUACAUUCAAUUAGUUUUGCAUUCAAAGGUCAAGAUGACAGGGUCUUGCAAUGCUCAAGAAUCUCAUAACAAUUGCUGAUAUGGACGAAUGUGUUGUUUAUCAUAUAUGUGUAAAUUCAUUUGUUUGUGCAAUUAUGAUUGCUGUGUAGAUGUAUAACUAUAAUGUACUGUUACUGUUGUACUAUUGUAUGAUGAUGAUAAUUAUGAUGGGGAUGACUAUUCUGUUUUAAAACUUGUAUGUAUACAUGUGAUUGUAUAUAGGAAUGAUCAUGCAAGGCUAUCAUUUUACUUAAUUGUUGUAAUUUAUCUUGGGAAAAAAAAAGAUACUUGUUAUAAUUACUUACUUUUUAGCUCACCUGUCACGAAGUGACAUGGUGAGCUUAUGUGACCGUGUGAUGUCCGGCAUCCAUUGUGCGUGCGUGUGUGUGUGCCCGUCAACAAUUUGUUUGUGUAGACAGUAGAAGUCACAGUUUUCAUCCAAUCUUUAUGAAAUAUGGUCAGAAUGUUUAUCUUGAUGAAAUCUGGGUGGGAUUGUAUUUGGGUCAUCUGGGGUCAAAAACUAGGUCACUAGAUCAAAAAAACUAGGUCACUAGGUUAAAUAAUAGAAAAACCUUGUGUAGACAAUAGAGGUCACAGUUUUCAUCCAAUCUUUAUGAAAUUGAGUCGGAAUGUUUAUCGUGUUGAAAUCUGGGUUGGGAUUGUAUUUGGGUCAUCUGGGGUCAAAAACUAGGUCACUAGGUCAAAUAAUAGAAAAACCUUGUGCAGAAAAUAGAGGUCACAGUUUUCAUCCAAUCUUUAUGAAAUUUGGUAAGAAUGUUUAUCUUGAUGAAAUCUGGGUUAGGAUUGUAUUUGGGUCAUCUGGGGUGAAAAACUAGGUCAUUAGGUCAAAUGAUAAAAAAAACUUGUGUAGACAAUAGAGGUCACAAUUUUCAUCCAAUCUUUAUGAAAUUUAGUCAGAAUGUUUGUCUUGUUAAAAUCUGGGUUGGUAUCGAAUUUGGGUCAUCUAAGGUAAAAAACUAGGUCACUAGGUCAAAGUUUAAAAAAAACAACUUGUGUAGGCAGUAGAGGUCACAGUUUUCAUCCAAACUUAAUAAAAUUUGGCCAGAAUGUUAAUCUUUAUGAAAUCUGGGUUGGGAUUGUAUUUGGGUCAUCUGGGGUCAAAAAGUCAUUAGGUCAAAUCAUAGAAAAACCUUGUGUAGACAAUAGAGGUCAUAGCUUUCACCUGA